UGUAUAUGUAUGUACGUUAAUCAACUUCAUACACAUUUGUCUUACAUUAUCAACCACUCGGACUUACUAAUUUACACGAUUUCUAACUAUAUAUACUCACAAUUAUCGCCAUUGAAACUGUUCACCACAUGAUCCGGUAGCAACUAUAACUACUCACGAAACUUGUUCAUUACUCUCAACCCUCAUCAAUCACGCCAACAUGGCGGGGUCUUCCAAGGAUAAAAACACGACCGUUCGCCAAGAUUUCGUGAACACAUUGAGCAAGCUUGAAGGCAUCAAGAAAACCGAGGCGUUUCUGGCAUGGAGACCAGAGUCACUUGAAGACCCGGACCAGCAAGGAUGGAUGAAUUUCAUACUGCCAUACCUCUCCAUCGUCUCGCACUCCGCCUCUGGCCCACACCCCUACAUCACCUUCCGAUUCACCGUGAACCCCCUUCACACCAACGGCCUGCGGACCAUGCACGGCGGCUGCACGUCGACCCUGUUCGACACGUGCACCACGCUGCCUCUGCACCUGGUUUCGAAGCCGGGCUUCUGGCAGCGCCAAGGGGUCACCCGCACCCUCAACGUCACCUACCUGCGGCCCAUCCCCGUCGGCGCCACCAUCCACAUCAGGUGCGAGCUUCUCCACGUGGGGCGCACGCUCUGCGCCCUGAGGGGGGAGAUGCGGGCCGUGGACGAGAACGGCCGAGAAGGGUCGUUACUCGCGGUUUGCGACCACGGGAAGGCGAACACGGAUCCGCCGGUUGGGAAGCUGUAGGGGGGUCGAGUCUGAGAAUUAUGGGGCGAGGUUAAGGACUGGCCAUUUGCACUGAGACGGAGAGGCCAUGAGUGGGAAGUGAAGU